AUCUGAGAUCUAAUAGUAGUUGAGUUCUACUCGAUGCCCUUACUACCACCCGUCUUAUAUCACUACUUCCGCACACCGCUACCAUAUACGCGAACUCUCCUCCUCCAAGAAAAGAUACAUCAACUCCAGCUCGCUGCUCGUCGUUCAUCAUCUCAUCAUGACAUCCUGCUUCUACUCGAGCACCGCCCAGUGUACACAUCUGGGCGCCGGCAAACAGAACAAGAACUAUACGCAGAACGCGCACGCCUGACAUCGAUUGGCGCAGAAUUCUCCAUAGCAGCGCGCGGUGGACAAUUGACAUAUCAUGGACCUGGCCAGCUCGUCGGUUACCCACUUCUAGACCUCGCUCGCACAUCUCCGCCGAUUGGCAUCCGUGAUUACAUUUGCAAAAUGCAAAAAAUGAUUCAGUCUUAUUUGCUGCGGACGCAUGGGAUUACUCAUGUACCAUCAGAUCAUACUGGUGUAUUUUUGGACCCUGUGACGAAGAUAGCAAGUAUCGGCGUUCAAGUACGCCAUCGACUCACAACACACGGAUUUGCAAUGAACGUCACAAAGGAGCCUUUGGAGUGGUUUGCACAAGUUGUGGCGUGUGGGUUAGUUGACGUCAAGGCUGGAUGCAUAACGGAAGCGAAUGGAAGAGAUGUGCGGGUGGAGGAUGUUGUACCAGGUAUUGUUGAUGCAUUCGGUACCUUAUAUGGGAGGGAUAUGGUAAAAUUAUACCCCCAGAGCGCGGGUGAGCUUGGAGAGGCUAUUCUUGCACUAGAGGAAGAUGCACUUGCUGCUGGGGAAUGGUUGAGGGCACCUUCCCUGACCUAAUAGAAGCAGUAGUGUUCAUUACAGACGGCUGGCACUAGGAUCUUUUGAUCAUUUCCAUUCACUAUGCACUAUGACGUCUGCAGGUGCGUGAUAAAGCUUAUGUGCUGUUAAAAACCUCAUCUUAAGAGGCCCACCCGCUGACGCUGAAUGAAUUGGUUUUGUAAUUCAUCCGUGCCGCACAGCGAGCACUCAUUACAUAAUUAUAAGAUGGCAUUAUCAAAUAACUGGGGCCCCAGAAACCGUUGUUGAGCAGAAGUCGAAUAUUUGCUCGUGAAAUCAUGUAUCCAAUGGAUUAAUUCUUGUUUUGAAAUGUCGAUGAUG